GAUUGAUAAGAGAUGAAUUAGAAACUCCUGAAGAACGUGAACAACGUUUAAAAUUGAAUAAUGAGUUUGAAUCAAUUAGACGGCGCAAACGGUGUCAAAAUGAAACUAAUGAAGAAAGAAAGCGUCGAAAACAACAGAAAAGAAAUGCUGAUAAAAUGCGUCGUAGAAAAGUUACAGAAUCUUCAAGCGAAGUAUGGCCAAAAAUUGCAACAACUGAAAUAAAACAUCGUUGUCUUAAUGCGUUCAAGGAUGAAAGUGUUGAAAUGAAUAUUGCAGAAAUUCCAAAUCAACAUUUAUUAUAUCCAAUUGAUGAAAUGCCUUCAUGUGUUAGUCGUAUAAAUAUUGAGAUUGACUCAAUCAGUGGCAAUGUUCAGAUGUCAGAGGAAAUUCAAGAACGUCUUAUGAAUACUAAAGAUAACAGUGUCAUUAUCAAUAAAAUGCUACUUUGCCUGAAGGCAAUCGAUUUAACAACCGGAUUUGCAUAUUUAUGUAAUAAAUGUCACAAAUAUUUAUUGAUGAAUAAACUACCUUCUUUAUCAUUAAAUAAUCUAAUGUGGAUUGGUGAUGUUCCUGAAGAGUUGCAAGGUUUAACUUUGCCAGAAGAAAAAUUAAUUGCAUUAUAUCGACAUUCAAGCUGUGUUAUUAAAUUAUUUAGUAUUACAGGUGAUCCAUCUUUAGCACAAACAGCACUGAAGGGGAACGUGAUAACUUUUCCUCAAAAUAUAUCAGACAUUGCAAGAUGCCUUCCGUUAUCACUGAAUACACUUCCAGAAAUUAUUAAAAUUAUAUUUGUGGGUCGAACAUUUCCAAAAAAAGAUCGAAUACGAUCGAUUCUGACCGUUCGUCGAGAUAUUGUUCGAAAAGCACUUAUCUGGUUGAGUAAAAACAAUAUCUUAUAUAAAGAUGUUUAUAUUGAUGAUUUGUUAAUUGAUACUUUACCAAUAAAUGAUGUACCUGAUUGUUUAUGGAAUACUAUGUCGUUGGUAGAUGAACAGCAAUCUUGUAAUGUUGAACGAUCUGGCUAUGUGAACAGUAAUUUAGAUUCAGAUGACGUAUGUUUUACAGAUAUAGUUUCAUUGAAUGCAAGUGGUUUAAUGGAUACAAAUACUACAGGAAUAUCGUCCAGUGAUAUUCGACAACAUUUAAGACAACGUAUUAAUAUUACCGAAGAAUUGACAACCUUGAAUGAUAACAUUUAUCUUGUACCACAUGGUAAAAAUCCAGUCAACGAAUACUUCAACACGUCAUUCUUACCAGGUUUAUAUCCAACUUUAUUUCCAUAUGGAGUCGGUGGAGUUGAAGACGAACGAAGGCAAGUGCGUGUACCAUAUGGAAAACAUAUUCGUUAUUUGUUGUCAUAUCAUGAUCAUCGUUUCGAGAUGAAUACUUCAUUUAUAUUCGUUACUUUUAAUAUUUUACAACGACGAACAGCAUGUGCCAAAGCACGUAUACUUGUAUCAAGACCAUAUUUUACUUCACAAUCUAUUGAAAUUAAUCAAUUGACAGCAGCUGAAGUGAAAAUCGCUCUAAAUCAAAUUGAAUCAAAUACAUUCACUUAUAAUUCAAAUCCACGUUUAUCUGCUUUAUUGAAACAAUUGAAAACUAUUUCUGGCAGUGUAUUUUAA